AUGUCUCGCCUUUCCGCCAAAGUCAUAUGUAUCACGCCUAAAUACUUUGACAACCACACUGUCAUCGUUAUCAACAUUGCCAUGUCUACGUUGGGCGAUAUGCAGAAGCAGCUGUCCUACAUUGUGGAAGAGGCGAAAACUAAAGGCUACAAGAUCGAGGACGUCAUCCCAGAGAAUAUGCAGAAUCACUUCUCGGAGAUGACUGAGCUCAACGCAGCACGCCAAUAUAUUCAUGAGAUCCAGGCUCGUGAGCAAGAUCUUCAGAUCGAUAACAACGCCCUACGAGCCAAAAUCAAAGAGAAAGAAGCCGAGAUCAAUGACCAGCCAGCUGAAUUCAAGGCUCUCAAGGUUGAUCUCCAACAAGCGUACCGCCAGAUCGAUUACUACCGCGAUCUUUCUGAGGACUCCCAACGGCGUGCGCAACGCUACCAGCGCGAUCUUUCUCUUGCUGUCAAAGACCACAUUGCCUUCGAUGAAGCUAUUGCCAAAGUUGAGCGUCUACAGAACGAGCUUGGCCAGCAUCAGUCCACGAUCCGGCAGCUACAAACAGAAAACGAACGCACGGCUGAGACAUUCGCUCACCUCCGCGCACAAGACGCAAGACUCAUAGCAGCAAAAGAAGCCCAAUUCGCUAAUAUUAUGUCACACACUUCUCAAAUCGAAAACGAAAACGAACUAUUCAACGAAACGUUUACCACGCUCAUUGACAAACUAGAGUUCGAGGUUUCAUCCGCAGCCACUUCUGUCAAUGACAAGGCCACCCUACUGCGUAAGAUGGAAAUACUGCACAACGCUAUUUUCAGUGAGGUAGCACCUCUGAAUCGUUUAUUCUCUCGUGCCCUCAAAGUGCUUCAAAUCUACCAAAUGCUUUUCAAAUCGCUCUCCAAUCCAUGCAGCCCUGACAUAGCCAGUUUGCCGCUUGAACUGGAUCCGCUUAUUGAAGAUGCUAUGCAGGACCUGUACGUUUACAACGAGGUGCACAGGACCAUGUGCCAAGAUUCAGGGCUUGCCGGGGAGCACAUUCGUGUACAUCUGAACGGUAUCUCCAAGAGCGCGAACGAUAUGCUACAAAGCCUAAGUUCCAUCAAAGGGGAUAUGGCAAACUUUCUAGCGCGUUUAAAGAAAGAGCCAGACGUCAUCGCUGGCAUGUUGUCUUCACACGAGCAGAGUGCUAUGACAUCAGGCUGUAAUAACAUGUUGUCUUACGAUGAUUUGGAGGCUACUGAAAGGGCAGCUCUAACUCAUCACUCGAGUAUCUCGCAUGCCACGGAUACAGUGGACGACAGCGCAGAUGAGUACCAGCCGGACGACUAUGAGGAGGGGCACGACCAUGAGGAUGUAAUGAUGAUAGAUGCACCGGAAAGCAUACACAUUGGCGCUCCUCACACCAUAGCUCACAUGGACAGAGAGGCAAAACAUUAUCGCUCCGACGAACAGGUCGGCUUCAUCAUUCUGACACGCGACAACAACAAGCCAGAUGCGUACGGUACCGUGUCAGAAACACAUGGGCCCCUUCCAUGGCCAGGUGUCGCCAAAGCAUACAACGAGAAGUACAAGCUCUGCGUCGGCCCAGCGGCGAUGGAAAAGCGUGCACGGCAACACCGAGGCGCUUGGAUGGUAAAGCAUCCAACUUAUCCAACCAGCAUAGUUUAUACGAAGAAGGCCAAGACAUCGCAAGGUCGGCGCGUAGACGGUCUGGUCGUCAAGCCCGGUGAAUCACAGACACCUGCCGAACCGUUCGAAGGUCACAUCUUCAACCACCGUGUUGGUGACUAUAUGCUCGACUCGGACGACGAAGAAGACUGCAAGAUGAAUGUCGGCGGUUGGGUACCACCAGACAUCGUUCGCAAUCAGGUGGCAGACCUCAGUAGCUACCUAGAUCAACUGAGGUCAGCACAAAUCGGAAAUUUUGUGAUAGAGGUUUUUGAUGCGCAGAAAGUAUCGCUGGGGACUAUUGUUGCUGACCGUGAAGACCUUCUCGAAGAUGACUCGGUUCGUGAGCUGAUAUUAGCUCUAUGGUACCGUUUCGCCAAAUCGAAUACAGAAGUCAGUCUAUGUCUCGAAGACCUCAACCUGCUUUUUGAAUGUACCUGCAGUGGGGAUCCAGCGCGAGAGUUCUGGACUACCACUGUUUGUACUAUGGGGUUGGCUGCCCAGCUCAUCAAAAUGGGCGAGUGCAAUAUGAAUUUGAUCGCCGAGAUCCAGGACGUGGUGGCAAGAGCUUCUGUGUGA